AUGCAUCUCUCCCUCUCCCCCACCCUCCACCUCCUAACCACAACAACCCUCCUCCUCCUCCUCAUCCCCCCCACCACCUCCUGGACCCCUCUAAAAUCCCCCUUUACGCUCCCCCUCGCAACCUUCCCGACAGCCCACUGCAACCUCGCCUCUUCAUCCUCAAAUUUCGAAUUCGAAAAACUCCUCUCCCUCUCCCCUCUCGCAUCUUUACGCAGUGGAAUUUGUCUUCGACAAGGAAGUGAAUUUCCCAUUGGAUCAUUCAUGUUCGGGCAACCGCUGAUACUCAAUAAGGGUUUAGAGGAGAAAUUUGCCGCCGAAGAGAAAUUGGAGGUGCAGGAGAAGUGGUAUCCAGAGUGUCAGAUUGAUGUUUUUGGGGAUGGGGAGUGUGGGGGGGAAGCUGGGGGGGAGGAGGUUGGUGAGGAGAAGAAGAAUGAUGAUGAUGAUGAGGAAGAGAAGGAGAAAGAGGAAAAACUUCCCAAUUUCCCAAUCUACACCCUCCCCGACGCAACCGCCACUCUCCCCCAACACAAAUCCACGCGCCUUCGAAAAUGUCAUUCCCUCCUCUCCCCUUCUUCUUCUUCUUCCGCCCAAAACCAAACCGGAAAAUCCAUCCUCCUAACCUGCCAACACGUAACCGACCACGUCCUUCCGCGCUGCGCAGAAAAGCUUGUUCAAGACGACAUAUCCAAAAAAGGCCUCUAUCGCACUUGUUAUAAAUUCGGUCGAAAUGCAAAAGAGGGGUCGGCGGAUCGGGAGGAGUGGUGUGCACCGUAUUGUGGAGAGAUGGGGGGAUUGGGGUUGCCGAGGCAUUAUGAACCGGGUUAUGGACCGCAGUGUAAAGAUUCGGGGGGGAAUUGUGGGAAUUUGAAGAUUUGA